CCUGUGAGACGCCACCGCACUAUUCAUCUACCUGCUGCCCACUUCUUUGCCAUGUCUUGAUUGGUUGUCUUGGCCGAUAGCCUCUUGAAUGAUUUCAAACCCGAAUGUUUGGACAAGAAGGAGGGGGUCCGCUGCUAAUUCCGAGACGGCUGAGUUGAAAGGCUUCAACUAUCCGUGCACCACCAACACACCACCACCACCACCUCAGUAAAGAGGCUUAUCCGAGGAGCGUUGUUGACGGUAAAACGCGUUCAAGAGAGCACCGCCGGUAAAAGAAAAAAGUAGGCUUUCAGAAGUGUCGUGUUCAAGCUUAUUUGGGCUUUUUUUAUUUUUAGCUCAAAUUAAGGGUUAGCUAACACUUCCAUUCCAGUUAGUUGCUCUUUCUGUUUAUUAUCGUUCGAACGGAGCGACGUCCGGAGGAAACGGUGCACAUUGCGAAGGGACACGGUGAGUUGUGCUGACGGGACUCGGCCCAGGGGACCAGGACCUGAUUGGAAAUCACUGGCAUUUGAUUUUAAAUCACGUGUUUCCCUUUUGUGACGGAAUGUGAGUACCAGCAGUUGUUUCCGAAAUUCAUAAAUCAUUUUCCCUUCAAAGAUAAGUGAGGGCAUUCAGUUCACGCACGGGUUGCCAUAGCAUCACUCCUAUUUUCUUUUUCGUUAUCGGCCUGUUGAAGAGGAGGGCAUGACGAUACUUGCAUAUUUUGGACGAUGUAUUCGUAUUUUAACACAAUUCCGCAACUGAGGCUUGGUUAAAUUAGUUUUGACAGUUUUUAAUUCAAGGCACCGUGAACACGAACCGACAGGCUACUCACAGCAAAGACAGCCAUGGCUAAAAACCCGUCCGAGGGAGCGAGGGACGAGCUGAGCCAGCUGACGGACGAGGAGAUGCUGCGGUUCAGCAAAGAGGAGCUGGUCCGGAGAUUGCGGAGGGUCGACGGCGAGAAAAUGAACUUAAUGAUCGAGCAUGGCAACAUGAUAAAAGACAUCAACCGGCGGCUGCAGCUGCACCUGCACGAAAUCCGGAGUCUGAAGGAGAUCAACCAGAAGCUGCAGGACGACAACCACGAGCUCCGGGAGCUCUGCUGCUUCCUGGACGACGACCGGCAGAAGGGCAAGAAGCUGUCCCGGGAGUGGCAGCGCUUCGGCCGCUACACUGCCAGCGCCAUGUGGAAGGAGGUGGGCACCUACAUGAUGAAGCUGAAGGAGUUGGAGGCCAACCAGGGCACCGUGUUGAGGGAGAACUCUGAGUUGAAGGAGAUCAUCCUCAUGCUGGAUGAGGAGAGGAACGGAGCAGGCUCCAGGAGCUCCAUAGACAGUCAGUCCAGUUUAAGCAACCUGAACGGCGGCACCGGCACGGUCAGGGAUGUUGGGGACGGGAGUAGCACGUCCAGCACAGGUAGUGCUGGGAGCCCCGAUCACCACAAUCACAACCACAUACACAAGCCCGUGUCAGAGAACAGUAAGCUGGGCACCACCAUGAGGAGGUCCAUGGAUGACCUGUCAGCCCCGCACCACCACAGGAGCAUCCCCAAUGGACUUAAUGAUUCCUCCUCCAACUACAUCAGGCAGCUGGAGACUAAAGUGCGGAUCCUGGAGGACGAUAACAACCAGCUUCUCUCACAGGCCUAUAGCCGGUAUAGUCUAUCACAGAUACAAACAAGAAAGCAGUGUAACCCAGGUGACCUGCGUGUCCUGAGGAAAGGAAUGACCCUCUACCACUCAGAGUCCCAGCUGUCCUCACUGCCCCAACGCCAGGACGCCAUGCACAUGGUCAGUGCCCAGAGGGCUCACACACUCAUACACCGGCCCACACAAGAAGUGCAUAUACAAACACUCACGUUGACACAAAUAGAGGGAUACCCACUCAUACGUAACCCCUUUAACAGUCCCAGUCAAAGAUCAACACCGUGCCACUGCUUAUACACAUGUGGUUACAAAUAGAGACGGGGUUUAAUUGCACAGACACUGAAUUGUAGGGAAGAGUGUGCCAGUGCCUC